AUGAACUAUCUCACCUCCUGCCUCUCGCGCGACACCUGGGUUGGUAAGAACUACCAACUCUGGAACAUCAACGACUUGAUUUGCAAGAAUGGUUAUGAUGGAAAGUGCACCCUGGCGGCGGGUGCCAACCAGGCCACCUACCCCCACCAGUUGGGAAGCGGCGGCAACGUCGCCAUCGAGAACCCCACCGAUCAUAAGGUCAUGAACAUCGAAUACAUGACCGGCAAGCCCAUCCCCGCUGUGAUCUGA